CCUGUUAUAGUACCCAUAACAAUGCCGACCGCCAGCGCCUGAUUUCUCUCACGCCAUUUCUUGUUCACCGGUGGGCGGCUUUGGGUUGCAAGUGGCAUGUCGGGGAUGCCUCGUAUAGCCUCGCUGGCCUUGUGCCUGACCACUGCCGCGCUGUUCCAAUCAGCGAUUGCACUCGACAGUCACGGGGCGGCAAUCUCGACAAAUUUCCCAGAUCCUGGCUUGGCGCAAACUGAAGACGGUCAUUGGUAUGCCUUUAGCACUCAAAAUGAGAAAGUCAACGUCCAGCUCGCCUCAUCGACCGAUUUCGUGCACUGGCAGCUCCAUGAAGGCUACGAUGCCCUUCCCACGUUACCGGCAUGGGCGAGACCAAAUCCUCACGCCCACGUCUGGGCGCCCGACGUGAAUCAACGACCUGAUGGCAUCUGGGUCAUGUACUUUGCCGCUGUCGGACGGGCUCAUCCGAAGAAGCACUGUCUGGGAGCUGCUACAUCCCCCAAUGUGACCGGUCCGUACACUCCUUUGGAAGUCACGCUUGUGUGCGACCUUCCUGCAGGGGGCAAUAUUGACCCGAACCUCUUCCGGGACCCCGUCGAUGGCCAGAACUAUCUCGUUUACAAGACUGACGGGAAUACCAUUGGCCAUGGAGGAGCCUGCUCAAACACGAACAAGCCUGUCGCGCCAACUCCUUUGAACCUGCAAUUGAUGGAUUCAAAUGAUCUCGUCACGCCUAUCGGCCCGCCGGUAUUUUUAUUUUCUAAUAUAGGCGCCUUCCGAGAGGACGGGCCCAACGUCGAACGACCUUGCAUGGUGUUCCAGGAUUCGACCUACUACCUCCUCUACAACGCGCAAUGUUACGCCGAAUUGGAAUAUCAUAUCGACUUUGUGAGUUGUACUGUUGGCGUCGAUACGCACAAUGGCGUUCUUGGGUGCGACUGGAAAGCCUUGAAGCAGGAGCAACAGACAUGGCGCAACCGUACGCUGUUGCGCACCGGUGACACCAUCUCCGGUUUCACCUUGCACGCCCCGGGCAGCAUGGAUGUCAGCCCUGGUCAACACAAGGUGGUUUUCCACGGCGACAUCAACCUCGAAUGGUUCAAAAGGAAUCGCCGGCCUAAUGUUCCUCGAGUGCGUGCCAUGUACGCUGCUGAGAUCGAUUUUGCCCAAUCGAGUCUGCAUGUCACCAGACUCAACUGAAGCCCUGUUUUUCGAUUCUUGCAUCAUGUAUAGACGAGCGGUUGUCACGCGGCACCUGCUUACUCCUUGCUUUUAGCGACUAGACUCAAAAAUCUCACUUCCAGGCGCCAGAUUUCUGUUGGCAUGAUCCUUUGGCGUGAUUUUCGUCAUCAUAAAUAGCUUCUCACAAGAUUUUCCAUUGGUCAGCCGAACGACGAGUCUGCCUCACUCCGCUGACGGAGAGAUGUCGCUGAUGUCGAAUCCUACUCGUACGGAGUGCUCCU